AUGGAGAAACUCAAGGAAGCCGAAACAGUAGCAGCGCAACGCUUGCGCAAGACGUUCAAGUACCCGUCCGAAUCCGACGAUGAAGAUACCGUAGAAGCGGGUAUGGAUGAACAAGACCGCGCAGCCCUACUCCAAACCCUCAGCACACACGACACAUCCACGACGCACACAUAUACGCUCUUCCUCCUUGCGCUACCCUUACUCCCCAUACUCCUCUACAUCCCGCGACUAUUCGCCCUGUCCACCCUCCCGACCAGUCUAGUCUCUAUCGCGAGUCUGCUAGCAACAGCGUAUACGUUAUAUUUCCUGCCGCUACCGCCGACGCAGAUGGAGCCAAUCGAUGGUGUGGACGUCACACCCUCGACACUCCAACAACCAUCGAAAGGGAAAGGGCAGGCUAAGAAACCUCUGGGUGGAUAUGGAAUCUACAACAAGACACCGUCGUGGGAACAACCGACUGAGAAGAGUGUAAGGCGGCCUGUACCGUACAUAUCGGAAGAGGCUGCGGAUAAGAUAGCGGAUUCUAUUGUGCCAAUUAACAGGGCUGUGUGUGGGCUACUGGCGUUGUAUGAGGUCUGGCAAGGGCGUGGCUGGGGUGAAGGGCUCAUGGUGGGAGGAGGCUUCUUGCCGGGCGUAAUAUGCAUGAUCAUCCUGUGGGCGAGGACGGAGUUGAGAAUUAUCGACAUGGAUACGUUGGAGAAGAUGAACAAGGGUGCUGCACAGGGGAAAGCAAACUGA